CCUGCCCCCUGCCUGCCUCAGCUCCUUCUUCUGUCAGGCUUCAGCUCUCUAAGCGACAGCUUCUAAUUCUGGCUGCUGGUGCCUCUAUGCUCUGCAGCAAAGUCUCAGCUUUUUUCAGCUUUGCUAUUUCUUUUCUGUUCAGAACAUACUGAGCCCAUAGGAAAGGAAGUCAGUGCAGAGGCUCCAGGACCUGAGACCUGGCACCACAACCCAUCCCACUGUAGGCCUGGCUGGGUCAGCCAUGCCAUCUGGGGCCAAUGGAACAGGCUGUACCUUCCAGAGAGAACCAGCACAGGCAAGGUGAAACCCUAAAGUGGCCUUGCUGCAGCUCCUCCUCUUCCUGGGAUCUGUCUCCAUCCACCACAGGGAACUGAGGUAUAGAAGAACUGAGUUGGCUCAGGGAGGCUCAGGAAGGAGGGGCCUGGCUCUUUAGGACCCAGUGCACCUCCUUGGUGCAGGCUUUCUCCUGCUUCUCUUCUCCACUUGGGGGUGGGGGGGUACAUAGCCUGGCCUAUCACACCUAGAUUCCAGAGGUACCACUUCCCCUGACCGUGGAAGCAGACAGGAAGGAAAAAAGCCAUUUUCCUUAUACUGUUGAAAAGGGAAACUGAGUCCUAAAGAGGGGCGGGGGAGCCUUUCCUCUGCUGAGCAAAAUGGGAAAGCAUCCCUGCCUUACUGAGGCUGGAGAGUCUUGCUUGGUAUGGAGUGAGGGGAGUACUGGGCUUUAAGGGUUUCCAUGCAGUGCUUUUCCAUAUACUUGUUCCCUGCUCUGUUGUGGAGCAGGUAGGGCUGGUAUUAGCAUCCUUUUGCAAAUGAAAAUGUGAAGGCCUGGGGUCACCCUACUAGCACAUUCCUCUAGGCUGGAACUUAACUUUGUUAUCAAAUACUGUGCCCUUUCCAUAACAUCAUAAAAGAAAACUGGCAGACCCCUGGCCAAAGGCUUUUUUAAAAAAUGCACAAAGAGUAAGGGGUGCUUUUAGCAUGUGCAGAUAUACAUUACAUGCUCCCCACAUGGCAGAGUAGAGUAGAAAACCCCUACUACAGGGCAUGACUGGAGCACAAGGUGAGUGUCCAUGGAGCCUGGGACUGAAGAGAGGUUCAUGGGCCCAAUAUCUUCCUAGCAGCACCUGCUCUCCUCACCUCAUACCUUCCCAGCACACCUCCUGCACAGCAUCUUAACAUUGCUCUGCUUGGGCGGCCUUCAUUCUUCCCUGAAUCUCUUGUCUUUUAUGGGACAGGACAUCUUAAAGCAGCUCUCAACACUGCCCCCUAGAGGUGUUUUCCUGUUUCAGUGCCUUUGCCUCCACAGUCCCCUGUCAGAACUGUCUCCCUCAUUUCUUAGGAGCCAAGGACCAAUUCUGCUCCCUAUCUUCAGAAGACCCAAAGCUCUCCCCUCCCCACAACUCCAUCUUAUUCAACCCUCAGAUGAUAACAGGAGCUAGUUAUAUCCUGGCAUUGUCUUCCACUUUAGAGAGGAAGUCUCUUUCUUCCAGAACCUAGCUUUUUUUUACCUCUGUAUUUUUCACCGCUGGGAACACAAUGCCCUGCUCAUGAAGCCUCAGUAAAUUCAGUAAUUGAUGCCUGGUUCACUCUUACUUUGAAACUAUCCAUUCCAAGCCUACUCACCCUCUCCACACUUCCCAGCGCUCCGAGACACCCUAACUUCCCUCAACCUAUGCCUGUGGUGUUCCCUUCCCCGGGGCUGAGCAGUAGUGGGCAGAAUGAGUAGUGGGCAGUUUUUCCGCACAUCUAAUGGAAGAUAGAUCUCAUGAUCUCCUCUUUUCCUUAGAGGUCAGUUAGAGUCAGGGCCAGAGCCCUGUGCUUGUGUUUCUCGCUUUCUGCGGGUGGCAGCAGGUGCUGGAGGAGCUGGGAGGUAAUGCUGAGGAGUCCUAACGCGACUGCAACACUCUCGGGUCCUAGGGCUUCUGCCCUGGGACUCCACUGCCGCGGAGUCUACGCCCUGCCUGCUUCGCUGCAGCCACUGGGAGCUGGCACGCGAUAGCGUUUGUCAAGGUUGGAGACGUCUGAAAUUGGAGAGCGCGCCCCCCUCCCUGCUCCAAGUGAGCCUGUGCGGGAGGCACAAUUGUGUGUGACGGCGUGAUCCGCUGCACUUCGGGUGGCAGUUCCCAGCCACACUGAGCUCCCCCAUCCCCCGUCCGCAGCACAAGUGCCUCAUUUGCCUUUCGCCUUCACCCCCAGCUUGUGCAUGGUCUAGUUCUGCCCUGUUGUGGUACCGUUUCCUUUCACCCAGGACCGCUGGAGGCAGCUCUCAAUUUUCCCCGACGAGCCGCGGUCCCGACAGUUUCUAAGGAGCCUAGGGCACGGACUCCAGUGGAGGCGGAGGGCGGGGAGAGAAGACUGCAACUUUGGGAUUGGCCCGGCCGGGUGCAUGUGGCCCCCUGCGAACAGCCCCCGCCUUCGCCCCGCAACCACCGCUGCAUUCCCAGGGGAGCGCGGAGGAGGAGCCGCUCCCCAACUUUACGGCCCACAAAGGGGUGGGGGUCAGGGGCGGUCUCCCCAGCCCGAUCUGUCUCUGCCCUGACGGUGCAGCACGCUUCUUGGACAGCGAUUGCCAUGGAGAGCCCCGAGGCUAUAAAGCUAGGUAUCCAGGCGGCCGGCUGCUCCCGCGCCGUUGAACCCCCUAAGUAAGAAGCUAGCGCCCCGGCGUGGCCCGGCCCCCGCAAGAGGGGAGGAGGAGGAGGAACGGCGCCAGCAGCUUGAGGAGCGGCGCGCCCCGCCUGGGUUGGAGGCAGGCACGCACGGCGGGCGCCACCGUCUCAGCAGGGGAGCGGGGGCUGCCCGGUGUGCGGGUGAGUGGCGUGGCUCCAAGCCACAAGGGACCAAGGGGCGUCGGACACCGUAACAACGUCAGGAGACUCAGGAGGGUACCAAGCUUGGGCUUUUAUUUAGUGGUGGACCAGGAGAGGACCCCGGAGUAGCGAGCAACCCACACCUCCGGGGGGAAACCUGGAGAGGAAGCAGCGAGACGCCAGGCGUUUGGCUCAAGAGCUGCCCGAGCCGCUGAUAUAUCGGAAUAGGAACCUCGGGACCUCAGCCUCAGCAGCCCACGCGCGGAGGAAGCGGUACCGGAGCGCGGGCUGGGGCUGUAGCCCCGCGGGGAGCGGGAACAGGGGCGCCCCCGUGCGGACUUGCCGGGCCGCCCCGGCGCGGCUGUCGAGAUCAUGCUUAAGCCCAAGGACUUAUGUCCCCGAGCGGGUACGCGCACCUUCCUGGAGGCCAUGCAGGCGGGCAAAGUGCACUUGGCCCGUUUUGUGCUGGACGCACUGGACCGCAGCAUCAUCGACUGCCGCGCAGAACAGGGUCGCACGCCGCUUAUGGUGGCCGUGGGGCUGCCAGACCCCGCGAUGCGCGCGCGCUUCGUGCGACUACUGCUUGAGCAGGGUGCGGCGGUGAACCUGCGGGAUGAGCGCGGGCGCACGGCACUCAGCCUGGCAUGCGAGCGAGGCCACCUGGACGCCGUGCAGCUGCUGGUACAGUUCAGCGGCGACCCCGAGGCAGCCGACUCAGCAGGCAACAGCCCUGUGAUGUGGGCGGCGGCGUGCGGCCACGGGGCUGUGCUUGAGUUCCUGGUGCGCUCCUUCCGCCGCCUCGGCCUUCGCCUCGACCGCACCAAUCGUGCGGGCCUCACAGCCCUACAGCUGGCCGCAGCCCGUGGCCAUGGGACCUGUGUGCAGGCCCUCACCGGGCCCUGGGGCCGAGCCGCAGCCGCCGCAGCGGCCCGGGGCUCCAACUCCGACAGUCCCCCUGGCCGCCCGGCCCCCGAACCCAGCCCAGAGCGUCGACGACCCAGCCCCCGCCGCCUACCGCGGCCUUUACUGGCGCGCUUUGCGAGAGCGGCGGGCGGCCACGGCCACGGUCACGGCCACGGCCAUGGUGGUGAGGCUGGCUCAACAGGCAAGGGCUCGGGCCGGCACCGGGCACAGGGCAGCGAGCGGCCGGAGCUGGGCCGGAGCAUGAGCCUGGCCCUGGGUGCCAUGACCGAGGAGGAGGCAGCACGUCUACGGGCGGGGGCCCUGAUGGCCCUACCAAACUCACCCCAGUCUUCGGGGGCUGGGCGGUGGCGCUCACAUGAGGUGCUGGAGGGAGCGCCCCCAACCUUAGUGCAAGCCCCCAUUGGCCUUAGUCCCCACCCGGAGGGCGGCACCGGCUCUGGCCGCUUGGGUUUGCGCCGACGUUCCACAGCUCCAGACAUCCCCAGCCUGGUCGGGGAGGCUUCAGGGCCUGAUAGUGGUCCGGAGUUAGAGGCCAACGCUCUGCCCCACUCGGUGCCUGGGCCGAAGCCUUGGCAAGGGGGCUCAGAGGCUGUGGUGGUGCAGGCUCAGCGAUAAAGGUGAAGGACUAAGCCCUGCUCCCCUAAUCUCUUGUCUGCUCCACUGGGAUUUCUCCCUUUUAUCCAGGUCCCUUACUUUCCAGCAGCCUGUUCCUGGAGUCCCUCCCCAUCUGAAAACCUGUCCCACUGCCAAGGCAAGACUUUCAUCAGAAGAAAGGGACCCCUCGUUUGUGCUCUUUGGUAUUCCUUGUGUAGAUCUCUCACCUUUCCUACUACCUGCCUUUUCUAUUAUCAGAAGGUGAGAUAUGGAAGACUGGUUCAUAGCUUCAGUCUUCCUCCAGGAAGGUGGACCCUCACUCUAACCCCAAAGACUCAGUCUGCCUAGGUUUCUGCCGGGUCCCUUUCCCCUGGUGAGUUUCUCAAUACCCUGGUAACCAGGCACAUGUCAAAACUGGCUUUGGAGAACCAAGGCCUAGCCCUCUUUGCCUACUGAUGCUGAGGAUAAUGUGCAAGCCCCCAGAGUCUUUAUGGACACAAGGCUGAUUAGGAAGAAAUCUGGCUCUUUAAGGUUUUCUGGGAUAGAAAUUCCUGCAUCUUUACAAAGCAGUUUUGUUUGUUUGUUUGUUUUUGUUUUUUUAAGGGGAGACAAGAGCACCUCUGAUAUUGGUCACCACUUGUCCCCUGAGCCAGUUUCUAGGUAACAAACUCCCUCUGCCUCUGUCCCAGGCAGACCUGGGAUUCAACUUCUUUCACGUUAUAGGGUAACUGUCCCCCCCCCCAAAAAAAAAAAUCCUACCCAGCUCAACUCUGCCUUCUUGGCUCCAGAUGCAUUUAAAUUUCAUCUUUGAGGUUCAAGCCCUGUCCAGGUCCAAGGUCCUGGCCCACCCUUAUAUCCAUUCACUCGAAAUGGAAAGGACUUAGCACUUCCCCGCCCCCACCGCUUUCCAGUUCCCUGCGAUCAGCACGUGGGUGCUCCGGCAGGGUAGAACGGUUGCGAAGGCUUUGCUUAAUUGCAUUUUUUCCAACCCUCAAAGAACUCUUGUUUUGAGUCUUUGUAUAUGAAGCAUAAAGCAGCAGGUCUGAUCCGAGACUUAAGAACCUGACAAUAUCUCUUUAAAUAGAAGCUCCGCGAGGGGGAUAAUUGACUGAAGUGUUUGCGACGUUAAACGGCUGCGCGCGGGAGUCGGGAGCCCACACGAGCCGCAGGUCCGGGUUUAAAUUACACCAAACUCGGGGGAGAGCUGGAAGGAGCCUGUUAAACAUCUCCUGCUUCUCGCUGGGCUGUUAAUGGAGGGCAGGGCCGAUGACGGAUGGUAGAAGUCGAGACCAAGGACCCCUGCCUUUGCCCCGCCGCGUGGGAUGCAGGCCCGGCGCAGCUUCCAGCUUUUAUUACUGGGCAGAUUAGUGAGUCAGAGGCCACCGCGGAGACAUGGUUAAGGGCCCUUUCCUGGUCUGGUCCUUUGUCCCCUCCCUCCCUGCCUCCGUCCUCCUACUCUUUGUACCCGCCUAGCCAGGGGCUGGAGGAGGGGGUCAGGGAAAUCGCUGGGCCCUACAGCACACUGUGGAAGCGUCAGCAAAGGUGUCAGUGCGCCCAGUCUGCGGGGGGGCUCAGGUGGGGCUCUUUUUGUGAACCCCCAUGGCUGAGCUUGAGGCCCUUCACCUGUCUACGAUGGGGUCUUUUCAAGAUGUCUUUGUGGAACAGAAGGUUUCUCACCAAUAACUCCAAACGAACCGGUCAAAGGGAUAAUGACGCUGAAAAACUGGGUCUGGGAUUGAGGGGUGGAAAGGGAGUCAGGUGGGGCCUUGUGCAGGUGUCAUCGCUAAUCCUUACACCUACCCCACUCGCCAGGCUUCUCCGAGGCCGCGCGAGCCCAUACACUGGACGUGAUUCCCUGUGCCCCCUGGUGGCAGAUCUGCCUCGCUGCGUCCUGGCUCGGGGCUCAGCCUUCUGAUUUUAUUUGGGAUCAUCACCGCUGUGUACUUUUCCCUCGGUGGGCAUUCACCCGUGGAAUCCUUUUCCUCUUGUAGAAAUUAAAUCCGGAUACUUGAAGUCACUUCACUGGGACAACGCGGAAAACACUCACACUGUAGCAUGCGCCAGACCCUUCACUAAGACCCCCAAGUUAAUCCUCCAAGUUAAGGCUUCCAGUCUUAAGAGCUCCUGUUCUCUUCCCCCCAAAACUGGAGCUACCGACCUUUCCCUUAUGGUUUCUGAAUCUUGGGACAUGCCAAUUAUGCACUGUUUUCCUAUGAUAUGCCUCUUCUCAGUCCUCUAGUCUGGGUGGUGAGUGAACAAAUCAGAGUGUCCAAAAAGCCUGAGAGAGUGAGUCAUGGGUGGGAUGGGGGAUAAUUGGACACCCAAGUGCAAACUGCUUCUUUGUGGAUCUUUGCUUGCUCAACUUAUGCCCUUUUCAACUGUGUUAAUUAAUGAAGUUUUCAGUGGUGUAAGAAUACAAGUAUUUUGACUUAAAAACAGCAAGAGGCCUGGGUCACACAUUGUAUCAGAGGUACUAUCAUCUUUUCAGUGCUGCUGACGUGUGAGUUUCUGGGUGAAUGUCACCUCAGGCCCUCUUUAUUGGGUAAACAGCCAUGAGGGUUUCACUCUAUGGAGUGGCCAAGAGCUUAGUGGUGAAAAUGAUGUUUCUAAAUAGCCACAGCAGAUCCUCCCUGUCUGAACUGUGUCUGCCUGCCUUGCUGUCCUUGCAAACUCCUUUCUAGGUCCGUCUCUGUGCAGAAUUUCCAUGUCUCACCACACUUAGCUCCCUCAACGUCCUCUCAUUGUCAGCCUGGAACCAUUGAGGUUGGGGUCCUCUCUAGCUCACUCCACUGUAGAAGAGACUUUGCUAAAUAUUUUGCUUUUCCUGUUCUUGUUGCUUUCAUCUUUGUGAAGAUGAAAGGCCACUAGAAUUCAGUACUGAUUUGUGUGGGAGACUAAAGGACGUUUGCACACCUUUCUGGAGUGAACUGUGUGGCAAAAAGACUAGUGGAAUUCAAAAGAAUAGUUAAUAAACCCAGUGUUAUUCCAUUGUGAAA